AUGGUCGGCAGCGCGCAGCUGACGCCGCCGGCCGACCUGGAAUCCGGGGGUGCCUACGAUGUGCAUGCGGAUGCGGCCGCGGGCGAUUCGAUGCAGGAGUAUGAGGAUGGGGGGCAGUAUGAGUAUGAAGGGGAUGAUGCUUACUGGGAGGAGUACCGAAGCACCAUUGUGCAGAGGUGGCAGGGCGCGACGGGGACGCUCAUAAACAGCGCAGCCAUGGUGCGCGAUUUGGGCACCCUCUCUGAUCGCUCCGCGCCCCCGGCUGACAGGUUUGCGGCGACAGUGGGUCUGGCGAUGAAGCUGGAGGGGCACCCGCAGAAGGCAGCUAUUCUGGAUGCGCUUGAGCGCCGGCGGCUGUCACGACUGGACUCACUCGUGGAAAAUUUUAUGAACGAGCUCUUCAUCACAGGGGAGCGGAUAUUUGCGCUGUUUACUCCAGCCAAGCUGGGCCAGCACAGGCUGUUCUUUACAAGCGCCUGGACCUUCAUCAUCUUUGCAGUCUUCUUCUACAUGAUCGGCGAAUUUGCCUACUAUGAGGCCGUCCAGUUUCCCUCUACCACACGAGACGCCUGCCUCAAAACCAUCACCAAGACACCCAUGGGCUAUGGGUCCUCCCAGAUGCUGCACUGGUUCAACCAGGCGGUGCCCUGGUGCUAUGAUGGGGAGCCGUGGCUGCUGGGCGGGGAUUUUCUGAUAGUGUGGGGCGCUCGGUGGGGCCCCCUCAUGCGCGCGCAGCCGUACCGCUGGUUCACCUCCUGGUUCCUGCACCAGAGCUUCACGCACGUCCUGUCCAACAUGCUCCUCUUCCUCGUCAUCGCCUGCCAGAUGGAGGAGAAGUAUGGGUCCGGCAGGAUAUUGAUUGUGUGGCUCUUCGCUGCAGUUGGAGGCAAUUUCUUCAGCGCUGCGUUUGAGGACACCUGUCUGGCGCUGGUGGGCGCGAGUGGCGGCGUGUUUGGAAUGGUCGGCCUCUUCAUCGCCGACAUGAUCGUCAACUUCUCAACCAUCAAACGGCCCAUCAUCCGGAGUGUGAUGAUGAUAGCGUUCCUGAUCUACUUCAUAGUCACGGUGGUCACCUCUCCUGUCGGGACGUCCCACCUGUCCCACGUGGGCGGCUUUCUGAGCGGCCUCUUCCCAGCACUUCUCUUCUUGCCGCACCUCAAGUCUGAAAGGUGGGAGGCAUGGACUCCAAUUGUGGGAGCUGUGGUGACACUCCUGAUAUUUGUGGCGCUGCCUGCGUACUUCUACCAGAACAAGUUCAAGGGUAUUGGCAACUGCGGGGCAGACAUCACGCGGUACACGUGA